CUGGAGCAAGAGAGGGAACACAUGAUAAGAGGGAUUUUGUGUUUUUGAUGUGAACCUCCUCGAAGAAGGUCAUAAAAGAUGAGUGAGAGUGCAUUAAACCUUCUAAAUUUGAUUAUUAACAAUCGUGAUGACAUCAUCUACAUCACCGUCUUGUUGUCCUGCAUCGUGGUCGGGAAAUACUACAGGAAAAUCACUGAUUGCGAUGAGAAGGAAAAAUUUGGGAAUCGCCUGGGGAUUGCCAUUAUAAUCAUUGUUUCCGGCUUCCAUUCUUUCCACAUUUUCAUCUCAUUCGCCGUGUCUGCUGGAAUCAUCCUCCUGCACAGGCAAUUGCAGAGCCAUAUUAUUAUAUCGGUUUUCAUGUUUCUCUACCUCCUCUUCUUCCGAAUGGUUCACUAUCUUGACCUUCCAUCGCCACCGGGGCAUACAAAUCUCAUCCAGAUGAUCCUCACGCUCAAACUCGUGGGAUUAGCAUUUGAGGUGAAUGAUGCCACGUUGAAGUGCAAGACUGCCUCGAAGGAAGAACUUGAGAAGAUGCCGUAUCAUGAGCGGGAAUUGGCAGAAAUUAGCUUGAAGAACAUUUUUGGGUACUGCUUCAACUAUGUUGGAGUCCUUACAGGACCCUACAUGACGUACAGAACGUACAGGGAUCCUUUUGUGGAGAAAUACGCUCACGAUGAGAAGAGUUUCCAAGCAUGCGAUCGUGCUACUCUUGAUAAAUUCAAAUCAAUUCCCAUCUUUCUUGUCCUCUAUCUCGCUACGAGCUAUCUCUGGCCCAUUGGACGUAUCUUUACGGAUGAAUUCUACACUGAUGAGUCAAUUUUGUACCGCCUGUGGUACGUCUGGCCCGUAUUCUUCAUCUUCCGCAUGCGAAUUUACAUUGGCUUGACGCUGGCGGAAUGUGUCUGCACCGCUGCUGGCGUUGGAAUCUACCCAACGGUCUUCCAAUCUACUCCUGGUGGUGGCCCACGCACAAAGGAUGAUCAACUACUCAAAGAUUGGCAGGAAACGUACGAUUUCACCACAAUCAACAACAGCGAUGUCUACACCACCGAAACAUGCUGGACCUUCCGCGAGGCAAUGAAGAGCUGGAACAUGUGUGUCCAGUACUGGUUGGCAAUGAUUGUCUACAAACGCUUCCCCAGUCGCAAACUCCGCACUGGAGCCACUCUCCUUGUCUCCGCAUACUGGCACGGUGUCAAUCCUGGCUACUACUUUUGCAUUUUUGCUGCUCCCUUCUACGUAGCCAUUGAGGAUCUCACCCUGAAACGCCUCAAAGCAUCCGGAAAACCCUUCCCACUGUGGCUGAACAUUUGCGUGUGGAUCAGCAAGUUCUUCGCCUUCUCCUACAUGUCUGUCGCCUUCCAGCUCAUCACUUUCUGGCGCAUUUGGAAUUACUACAAUUCAGUCUUUCACUUUGGCUACUGCUUCUGGGCCGUGCAGUAUGUUAUUGUGUUGUUCUGGCCCAAGAUCUCCAGGGCAGUGUUUGGUGGCGGAAAGAGACCUGAAAAGCCCAAAGAAGAGAAGAGUAGCUAAUUUUGGUUUGAGUAUCCCAGUCAAUCCCAACGAUAUCCACAGGAAUUUGGAUAUAUAGGGUAUCCCAUGAACCCUCCACCAAUUAAUCCCACACUUUACUGUGUUAAAAUAAAAUUAAUCCCAUGAAUUGGUUAAUUAAAAGAUAUUUUAGGAAUUCAUUAAUAUCUAAA